UCACCCCUGCUCUUCACAGGUUCAGAAUCUGGGAAUCUUCUUUGUAAAGGACAUCAUUUUAGAAGCUGAUAUCUGGUCUGUGACCAAGGAGGGCAACCAGCUGGUGGACAUUACAGAUUAUUUCAUCGAAGAGAAGGGAACUAAUUCCAGCUGCAUGUUACCUCUUAUUAAAUCUACUGCUCUGAAUAAACCAGAGGAUCUGACUCAUCUGUCUCAGCUGAACUCCAGUAACAGUGUGAGCAUACCGCUUCACUGCAUACUCAGCCUGUCACCCUCCAAGGCACUGAAGCUCACAUUCAGAGGAAGACUUCAUCUACCGACUCUGCAGGCUGUGAGUUUCAGGUCCUUAGAGCUGCUGACUGUUACCACAAUACAGCUAGAGAAGACCAAUCCGAUGUUUCUUCAGGAGGAUAUCCUUGUUCGACAGACCAUCCUGGAUCUGAGAAAAGAGGGACCCAGCUCCAUCCCCAUCUGGAUCAUCCUGGGCAGCUCCCUGGGAGGCCUGCUGCUGCUCUGCUUAGUCAUUCUGGGCUUAUGGAAGCUUGGAUUCUUCAAAAGACGGAGACGUCAGGAAGAGGAGGAGCAGCCCGUCACCAAUGGGAAUGCAGAGAUGCAGCUAUAAAGCAGUUUGACGAGUUUCAAUCUGCACUUCAAACCAAACGGUCAAGGUCUGUUACUGACAGACCUUGACUGAAUUGCUAACCUAAAAAGGCAUUAAGCUUUUUAGAUAAACAACGAACACUGCAAACUGUUUCCACCAAACUGAGGUGAAAUAAUUAAGAUUUUGCUUGCAGUUGACAAAGUACUCGGUUCA